CGGAAAUGACCCGGAUCGGAACUUUUAACUCCUGGCUUGAUUAGUUUCUGCCAGAAACAUCGAGGGUCUCCCCGAAAAAUGGUGUAAUAUCGACUCAAACAUGUAUGUACAUAUGUCCAUGAAGGAUACACCACCUUGGAUGUGAGUUUAUCAGCACACCGAGGAGGUCCAACUGUUAAUCCAUCCACACAGACCCGCAGGAGGAGGAGGACCAGGCAGUCACAGGUGGUUUCUUGUCUCAGGCCGGCUGGUGAGCGUUAACCAGCAACAGGAUGACGUGCCGAGACCGGACCCUAGAGUUCCAGUCAGCCUGCAAGUCUCUCCAGGGCAGACAGAAUGGAGUCCAGCCCAGUAAACCGACUCACAGCGCUCUCAGGCAGCGCAGUGACUUCACAGUUAUGGCCAAGAGAAUUGGGAAAGACUUGAGCAAUACGUUUGCCAAAUUGGAAAAGCUCACUAUCUUGGCAAAAAGAAAAUCUCUAUUUGACGACAAGGCAGUGGAGAUUGAGGAGCUAACGUACAUCAUCAAACAAGACAUCAACAGCCUAAACAAACAGAUAGCACAGCUGCAAGACUUGGUGAGGUCCCGUGGAGCUCCGGGUGGCCGACAUAUUCAAACCCACUCUAACACUAUAGUGGUGUCUUUACAGUCUAAACUGGCUUCAAUGUCCAAUGACUUCAAAUCAGUCCUUGAAGUCAGAACAGAGAACCUGAAGCAGCAGCGCAGUAGGAGAGAGCAAUUCUCCCAGCCUCCCGUGUCCGCCUCUCCUCUGAUGGCCAACAACUUCAGGAGCCGCAAAAAAGGGGCCCAGGAGCCGCAUGCAGGUCGCGACCCGCGCAAUGACUACCAGGGCUAUACAACCUCAAAUUUAAAAGAGAGCUCGGUGUUGAUGCAGGAUGAGUCCAGGAGUUUGGGGGAUGUGGCCAUCGACAUGGACUCUCAGAGCAAUCCUCUGCAACUCCAACUUAUUGACGAGCAGGAUUCAUACAUCCAGAGCCGCGCAGACACCAUGCAGAACAUUGAGAGCACCAUUGUUGAACUGGGCUCAAUAUUCCAGCAGCUGGCACACAUGGUCAAGGAGCAGGAGGAGACCAUCCAAAGGAUUGAUGCAAACGUGGAAGACACACAGCUGAACGUGGAGGGAGCUCACACUGAGAUCCUGAAAUACUUCCAGUCAGUCUCCUCCAACCGUUGGCUGAUGAUCAAGAUCUUUCUCGUCCUCAUUGUUUUCUUCAUCGUCUUCGUCGUCUUCUUUGCCUAAACAAAAGAGGAGCAACUGAAGAGGGGGGGCACAUGGAGUGGAGGGUUGUAAAACUAAAGCUGGACUGAGACGACGCGGCGAGACAUCGUUGUUGAAGGACAGACUUCUCUAUCAGUGACGGUUUAAUGGAGGCUUGAGAUCCAUUGGGAAAAAUACAGACUGUCGGUUAUUCUCAAGCCACAGACUCUCGAUCUUAAUUCAACAAUAUGCAGUGGAGAAUGAAGAUGUUGAACUUUGUCCAAAUAAAAAGUAUAAAUGAUCUAAAAUCCCCUCUUUGUAUAGAAUGAGCAGAAUACUGCUCUGUAUUGUACUUUGACCAAUUAUACAUAAACAUUUAAUCAAAAUGGCUAUAAUUUAAUGGUUUGAUUCUGCAAACUGUCUUUUUAAUUUUGAUUUACGUUUUUGUUUACCCCCGUUCCAACAUGUCAGUCAUUGUUAUUAUUUCACAGCCAAACUACAAAACUGGAGAUUAUCCUCUGAUUAUUUUGCUUCUUAGUUUAUCUUAACUUACUUUGUAUUCAAGAGCAUGACUGUGUAACUUGUUUAUCAACCAUUUUCACAUCCCAACAUUCAGUUAUGAUGUGAAAUUUUUAGUUUUUGUUUUACUAGUUAGUUUCUCUUUUGCUUUCCAAGUUUAUUUGCCAAAUGGGUACUAAAGAACUGUGGCACAGUAUGAAGACACUCUCCGAGGUGUAGAGUUUUGUGCCCUGAAGACAUAAGAUGAUGGUGCAGCCGGCUGAAUGGGAUGUUGCUGGUAUGAUCCAGCAAGAGAUGCACGAAAUGUGAAGUUGUAACAACACUGUUAUAAAUGAAACUUUUUGGACUGUUUGGUUUCCAGCCAGGAUUCAGGUUGGAAAAGUGUUAACCUGUAGAGAGACGAUUCAAGCAUCUGAAAAGGUUCAAGGAUUGACAUCAGUGCUUAUGAAGGGGUUUACACUGGUUGUGAGGGCCCACUGAUCAUGUGACUUAAAUCAGCCAGAAUCCCUGGAAGUGUCUGGUUGGAUGUCACUGUUGUAGUUGCUUCCCUCUUUAUCUGAUGUACAGGAUGUUAUUUAAUGACCACAGCUUUUUGAGAAGAAAGAAAACAUUCUUCCUAUUUUUCCCCCUUGUCUAUUUUUUUUUUUUUAGCCAAAUGCCUUGACUUCAAUGUAAAAAGUGCAAAUAGUGAUAAUGAUGUAUUGAUAAGAAAGUGCAUAUUAAUAAAACAAAAAUGGGGUGC